AUGGCUGGUGACGGCAGCACCUCCUCCUCUCUGACAUCGACCUCCCACACCUUGACGCACGCCCCGGGCAUCAUGUCCCUCGCCGCCGCGGGCACCGCCUCUUCCGCCGUCGACCUCUCCGCCAUGGCUGCUCUCCUCGACACGAUCAGACCCUCCAACCGCCAUGCCUUCCUGCAGCCCUCCGCGUCGAUACCCUCUGCCUCCCUCCAGCUGGCAAAGGUAACACUGGACUCGUUCGCCGGCCAGGUCAGCGACGAGCAGCAGCAGCAGUUGAGGGAGGCGAAGAAGCGGAAACGUGAGGGCGGCUUGGACAGGAGCGAGGUCCUUAAGAUCCGUAAAGUGCAUGUUGAUGGAUUCGAAACGGGUCAGGUCUGGCAGCAGGCCAAGAGGAUCAUCUCAAGCGCUCUGAGCCAGUCCAAUGAGGUGCUACGGGAGCUCGAGGAGAAUAAUGAAAUCGAGACGGAGACCAAUGGGGUCAAUGGAGAUGCUAAGAUGCUGGAGUUCGGCGAGGAUGGGUUCGAAGUUGGAUCUGGUGACGAGGACUCCACGGACGCCGAUUCAGAGUCAGGCAGUAGUGGCAGUGACGAGGACUCUGCAGAUGAGGAAUCAGACGAGGUUGGCUCUUUUGACAUCGACGAUGCUGCCGAGGAGCUUGAAGAUGAUGCUGAGGAAGAUGGUGAUCAGAACGAAGAAAGCGAAGGUGACUUGAAUGCACCGGAUGAGGAAUUCGUAGAAGAUCCCAACGGGCUCAACGAUGGGUUUUUCAGCAUAGACGACUUCAACAAGCAGACACAGUGGUUCGAGGAGCAGGAUGCCAAGGCAGACCCGUACACCGACCAAGUCAGCGAUGAAGAGGACCUCGAUUGGCAUGCAGAUCCCAUGUCUGUAGCCAGCACGUCAAGGCAAGCUUCGAAAUCCAAGAAAGCCGUCGAAGAGGAAGACGAGCUACCUCUCGACGAGGAUGAAGAUGACGAUGAAGAAGCCGGCCCGACUUUUGGUGAUAUGAGGCUCGAUGCUCCUGAGGGAGAGAGCGAGGAUGAGUUCGGCGAUGAUGUUGGCAAUGGUCUAGAUGAUGGACUAGAUCUCACCGCAAACGAUAUUUUCUACAAGGACUUCUUUGCGCCGCCUCCAAGAAAAUUGAAGAAGGGAGAUAAGCCCCGGAAACGACCCGAGCCCCCCCGAGCGGAGCUUGAUGAUAGAGACGUGGAUCGUGCCAUGGCGGAUGUCCGACGUGAUCUGUUCGAAGAUUUGUCAGAACGCUCCGAUUCAGAAGACGCUCUUUCCGAUGUGUCUGCUGGCGACCCAAGAUCCAGGCGGUCUGCGCACGAGAGGAAACAGGCAAAAUUGGCGGAGGAGAUCCGCAGGCUUGAGUCAGAGCUUGUUGCUAAGCGUGCUUGGACCCUGUCUGGUGAGGCUGCGGCCGCAGACCGGCCAAUGAACUCUCUUUUGGAAGAGGACCUUGAGUUUGAACACAUUGGCAAGCCAGUCCCUGUCAUCACAGAGGAGGUUAGUGAAGACAUAGAGGCAUUAAUCAAGCGACGCAUUAUUGCAGGAGAGUUUGAUGAGCUCAUCAGGCGACGGCCCAACGCUGAUGUCCCGACUGACACCCGCCGCGGACUGAUCGAACUUGAUGACUCGAAAGCCCAGAAGAGCUUGGCUGAGAUAUACGAGGAGGAACAUGUCAAGAAUGCCAAUCCCGACACAUACGUAAGCAAGGCCGAUGAGAAGCUACGGAAAGAGGAGAAGGAGAUUGAGCAGAUGUGGAAGGAAUUGUCCGCGAAGCUCGACGCUCUUAGCAGCUGGCAUUACAAACCGAAGCCGGCUGCUCCCAGUCUCACAGUCGUGGCGGACGUUGCUACUAUAUCUAUGGAAGAUGCCCAGCCUACCACUGCCCAGGGCGUCAGCGGUGGUGAGAGCAUGAUUGCCCCCCAGGAGGUCUACAAUCCUAGCAAGGAAACUGCGGAGAAGGGCGAGGUGGUGGCCAAGAGCGGCCUUCCAAUUGCAAAGCAGGAGCUGUCUCGUGAGGACAAGGUCCGCAGGCGGAGGAGAGAGAAGGAGAGGCAGAAGAAGAGCGGCGAGCAGGGCCAGCCGAUCAGCAAGAAGGCGCAGGAGAAGAAGGAUACCAUGGCUGACUUGAAGAAGGGCGGCGUCAAGGUCAUUAAUAGAAAGGGAGAAGUGCUCGACAUGGAAGGCAAUAAGGCCCAGGCUGCGAAGACUGUCGGCAGUGGCAGCUAUAAGCUGUAG